CAUCAGACCUACACAACAAACUCCAUCAUUCUCUUUCAUUCCCUCAGACCUUUAAAAACACACAGGUCUCUUUCUCUUUUCCCUCUCCCAAAUGGCACCUACAACAACCACCGUUGCUGACGAAGCCAAAGUAGCAAGCAUUAAGACACUUACCGACGCCGGCGCUGAACUCAGCUCCGUCCCAUCGGAGUACACCUACAUCAAGGACCCCAACGAUCAAGCUGAUGCCAGUGACCCAGAGCACUCUAUCCCCACCAUCGACUUCGCCCACCUCACCUCAAGCUCCCCCGAACUCAGGUCCAAGGCCAUUGAAAAGCUUGGCAAAGCUUGCGAGGAAUGGGGCUUCUUUCAGGUCAUCAACCAUGGUGUACCUGAGAGCCUGAUGAAAUCGAUGAUCGAGGCGUGCCACAAGUUUUUCCAGCUUCCUGAGGAGGAGAAGAAGGAGUUCCAAUCGAGAAAGUUGUUGGAACCAAUCAAGUGCGGGACAAGCUUCAACGUUGCCAUCGACAAAGUUCGUCUGUGGAGGGAUUACCUCAAGGUCAUAGCACAUCCCGACUUCCACUCCCUCCACAAGCCCGCUGAAUACAGCGACGUUUCAAUGGAGUUCAGCAAACAAACUCGGCAAGUUGCUACGGAACUGUUGAGUGGAAUAUCAGAGAGCCUAGGGUUGGAGUCCGAGUACAUAGCCAAGGCUAUGAACUGGGACCGUGGCCUACAAAUCCUUGCCGCUAACUACUAUCCGGCGUGUCCACAGCCCGAUCUAGCCAUCGGAAUCCCCCCUCACACCGAUCACGGACUCGUAACUCUCCUCAUUCAGAAUGACAUGGGUGGCCUUGAAGUUCAGCACAACGGCAAGUGGGUGCUCGUUGAUUGUGCUCCGGGUGCUUUUGUUGUUAACAUUGGUGACCAAAUGCAGAUCUUGACUAAUGAUAAGUACAUGAGCGUCUGGCAUCGUGCAGUUGUGAACAACAGAGCUACAAGGAUCUCCAUAGCUGUACCGCAUGGACCUGCACUUGACACUGCUGCUCUGCCAAUCCCGGAGAUUUUGGGUGGCGAAGCACCAAAAUACAUCGGAAUGUCCUAUGAAGAGUUCAUGGAACUUCAGGCAAGCCCAGCGGCUUACAUGAUGCCUUGCUUAGAUCAUCUGCGAGUCAAGGCCGAGUGAACUAACUCGGAAGCUUUGCGUUCUCAUCCAACUCACAGCUCCAUAUCUCUUUCGAUCUCUAUCUCACAACAGUAAAUAAUUAAUGCUCCUGUAUGAGCUUUGGUGCUCUAACGGUGUAGCCGAUAAGUAUUAUCUUUUCCCUUUGUGAAUCUCAAGCUGGUGAUCCUGUUGUCGGAUUCUGUGUUUUGAUUCAGUUUUUAACGCCGGAUUUCUAUCCUAUUAUAUAUGUAAUACAACAGAUCGAGGUAACAUGAGUUCAAAAUUAAUUAUUUGUAUCUUCUUAUCAUA